ACGUCAAGCUCCCGGCUCUCAGUUUCAACGUCACAUGCGGAAGUACCAAAAUGGAGGACGGGAGAAAAGUCUCCACGAAUUCACUUCUGAAAGAUGAGUGCUACACUGAUUUCCUGGCAGAGGACUUUGAUGUGAAGACAUACACAGCUCAGGCUAUUCACCAUGCUGUUAUUGCUGAGCAACUGGCUAAACUGGCACAGGGCAUCAGUCAGCUUGACAAGGAGCUGCACAGCCAGGUUGUGGCGAGACAUGAAGACCUACUUUCUCAGGCGACUGGGAUAGAGUCUCUUGAAGGGGUCCUUCAGAUGAUGCAGACAAGGAUCAGUGCUCUGCAGGCAGCUGUUGACAGGAUAAGGACGAAGAUUGUUGACCCAUACAACAAGAUUGUGGCCAGAAUCACCCAGCUUGCCAGACUGCAGGUUGCCUGUGACCUGCUGCGGAGGAUCAUUCGUAUCUUGUACCUGAGCAAGAGGCUCCAGGGUCAGCUACAGGGGGGCAGCAGGGAGAUCACCAAGGCUGCUCAGAGCCUCAGCGAACUAGACUAUCUGUCACAAGGUGUGGAUCUGAGUGGCAUUGAGGUGAUUGAGAACGACUUGCUGCAGAUCAGCAGAGCAAGGCUUGAGGUGGAAAACCAAGCGAAGAGACUGCUGGAGCAGGGCAUGGAGAUCCAGAAUCCUACCCAGGUUGGCACGGCGCUGCAGGUCUUCUAUAACCUGGGCAUUCUAAGAGAGACCAUCAGCUCUGUAGUCAGGAAUUACAGGACCACCAUUCAGGACAACAUCACUAGUGCUCUGGACAUCAAGGGCCUGACCCAGUCAGCCAACCCAAAAGGUGCACCAGGCAGAGCUGUGCUGCCGACACCAGGCAACACUGCAGCUUUCCGUGCUGCUUUGUGGACCAACCUGGAGAAACUGAUGGACCAGAUUUGUGCUGCGUGCCGACAGGUGCAACAUCUGCAGAAGGUCUUGAUGAAGAAGAGAGACCCUGUCACUCAUGUGUGCUUCAUCGAUGAUAUUAUCAAGGAUGGUCAGUCUGAUAUCCUCUACACCUUCUGGAAUGACGUAACCAACACACUUAGUGAGGACUUUCACAAUGCAACUGAAGCCUCGUCUUUCCUGAAGCAGGCAUUUGAAGGAGAGUAUCCUAAGUUGUUGCGGCUGUACAAUGAGCUGUGGCGCCGCCUGCAGCAGUACAGUGCUACCCUGCAAGGAGUGCUAACAAGCAGCGGAGGGGUGGAUCCAUCUCUCGACAUCACCGCCACAGAGACAGACAGUCAAGAUCUCUUCAUUCAUUGCAAACAGGACUACAACCCAGAGAAGGCUCUGAAGAACUCUUUGCAGCCGUAUGAGGCAGCCUACCUCUCCAAGUCCCUCUCUCGCCUGUUUGAUCCUAUCAACCUUGUGUUUCCUAUGAGUGGCCGCAAUCCGCCCCCUAAUGAUGAGCUGGACAGCAUCAUCAAGACCAUCAGCAGUGAGCUGAAUGUAGCAUCAGUCGAUCCAAACCUUUCUCUGGCUGUGGCAAAGAAUGCUGCCAAGACUGUACAACUCUUCUGUGUCAAGUCAGAACAGCUGUUGUGUACUCAGGGUGAUGCCAGUCAGGUCAUUGGUCCAUUAACAGAGGGCCAGAGGAGGAACGUUGCUGUGGUCAACUCCCUCUACCAUCUGCAGCAGGGCGUCUCAAAGAUUACUUCAGGAUUGGGGUCAUGUCCAGCUGCAGAGGCCCUCUCUUCGUCUUUGGAGGGAGUGCGGGCCCUGAUGAGCAAUGCAGUGCAGCCUCUCCUGCAGUCAGUGAGUGACUCCAUAGAGGCCAUCAUCAUCACGCUACACCAAGAAGACUUUUCUGGGCCUCUAUCCAGCCCUGAUAAGCCAGACGUUCCAUGCUCUCUCUACAUGAGGGAGCUGCAGGGAUUCAUCUCCAGAGUGAUGGCUGACUACUUUCGACAUUUCCAGUGUUUGGACUUCAUCUAUGAGAGCACAGAAUCCAUUGCUCAGAGAGCCAUCGAGCUGUUCAUCCGCCACACCAGCCUGCUGCGCCCACUGGGAGAGGGUGGCAAGAUGAGGCUGGCUGCAGACUUUGCACAGAUGGAAAUGGCAGUUGCUCCUCUGUGUAGGAGAGUGUCUGAUUUGGGGAAACCUUACAGAAUGCUGCGCUCCUUCAGGCCACUGCUGUUUCAGACCAGCGAGAUGAUAGCCAGCAGUCCAGCAGUGGGUGACCUGAUCCCCUACAGCACUCUGCUGCACUUCCUCCUCACCAGAGCCCCAUCUGAGCUCAAGUCACCUCACCAGAGAGCAGAGUGGUCCAUUGCCCGUUACUCCCAGUGGCUGGACGAUCAUCCCUCUGAGAGAGACAGGCUCACUCUCCUCAGGGGCACUCUGGAGGCCUACGUGCAGUCAGUGAGGGCUCGGCAGGGGAAGGAGUUUGCUCCCAUAUAUCCCAUCAUGCUCCAGCUGUUACAGAGAGCCACCAGUGGCUUACAGGAGGUCAGAGCCUGAGGAGGAUGACACAGCUGCAGAUGGUGUCUGAACAGUGGUCAUAACCUUCUGUAUGACAACAGUGUGUGAUGGCAGAGAUGUUUUUUGUUGAUCCGAUUUCGCUCUAGCAUAAUACAUAAUGCCUCCUUUAUUAUGUAUGACUACAGCAGCUGCAUUCCAGCUAAAAACUGACUUAUUUUUACUAUUCUGACUUAAUCAAUGUACUGUGUUGUGAGGGAUACAUCGGAUAUUUGAUUUUGAAGGUUUUACUUAUAGCGACACCAACUGUGGUAUUCUUAAUUGAACCAAAAAAAGUUUUUUUUUUCCUAAAUCUACAGACCAGUGAUUUGCAUUCAGCUUUCUCCUGGUGCAGCUAUAAAAAUGUAACUGGCUCAUUUAAUGGUGUAUAUAUAUAGUAGUUCUUAUUCUGUGAUAAGUUCAACAAUGACACUCUAGAAUAAACGGGGAAAUAGCUGCAGGUCUUGUAUUUGUACAAUACUUCAUAAGAAGCAGAAGGAUGGAACACACACACACAGUACGACAUAGCAGUAUACACAGAUGUAUUCAGAUAGGCCAUUUCCACUGGUUGGUAGGAGGCUCCUCUACUAGCGGUUCCCAUGGUUUCCACUCCAACAUCUUCCUGGACAGAGCCAGCUCACACUCCGCCUGCACACAGCAUUCAGUAACACUUAAGUUAUCUCAUGAAUAACAGCUCUUUUUCUGAGAGUGGGAUGAGAUUGAUACCACUCUCAAGUGUGUUACUGAAGGAUGAAGUCAGAGCCAAUAGGCUGGUACAACUCCAAAGAUUUAAUACAGGAUGAGCAUUAUGCUACUCCAACAUCCAAAUUUUUAACUGGAAUUUUGAUAAUCUAAGUAAUGAUUUAUUUGUUACUGCUGACAACUGUUGUUGUCAACAGUUUUCCUGAGCCAAAACAUUCCUUAUGUUCUUAUUAAACAACUAUACACAUGAAUACACACACAUAAAUACGCACAUGUACACAUUACUAUGUGAAGACACUGUAGGGAAAUACAGAGUCAAUUACAUACCUGGAAAAUUACUUCUUCGAUCUGGCCACAGUUUAUCUUGGUCUCAAGCUUCUCAACAUCAGGCUCCUAUGAAGUCAGACAUACAUUGAUUGAUCAUAAGAACAAGAGAGCAUGACUAGGGGUUAGUCAGUUUAGUUCAGCUUCUGUUUGUGAUCUACCUUGGUUAAAAGUGAGCCAUCUUAAAAAAAAAACAAACAAAGGGAACUUGCUGCAAAGUAACUUCAGAUGACUGGAUGAAAACCUGCACUCUGACUACUGGCCAACAAGAUAACUUGAAACACUGCCUCAUCAUUUCUACACAGUCCUGACAGGGGUGGUGACUGGUUUUGGAUGGUCUGUUUUCAAGUAGGAAAAAGCGAUGGCCUGGUCAAAAACUUUACCGUAUUACAGCUAACAUCACACUAAAUAUGUUUCUGAAAACAUUUAAGGUGAGAAAUGCAUUGACUGAAUUCGGAGUUUCAUGAGCCAACCCCUCUCAGCAGGGAGAAAACAGCAUGCAAAGUCGGAAUAUUUUCACAUCUAACUUCUAAUUAUUUACGUUAUUAACUUCGAUCAUGUUAUAAUUAUUUUCACCAGACAUUUUGACUACAGAGACUUAAAUUUGUCGGAUUUAAUGGGUUUUCCUGGUUUAAAAAAAAAAAAAAACAGUAAUUACCCAACAAGAAACCCAA